CAUAGAAACGUUGGCAGGGGAUGACGACAAUGAUAAUGAUGAUGACUGUGAAAACAAAAAAAGGGAGAGGGUGGGGACCGCGACUCGUUACACCUUUUAUACCAUAUCAUACCUUGAAUGUGUAUGAGCAUCCUGGCGUUCUUUCUGUCUAUUUUGAGCCACCUUUUCUCGUCGUGUCCAUUUUUCUUACAUAGGAUGACGAUUUCGUGUAACUACUUACCACUUAACGCCUACUCGCGACGAACCAAGAGAGUUAGAGGUGAUGGUCGAGGAUGGGAAAUGGUAUUCUUAUACUUGCCAAAGUUUGGCGUUUUCCUCGGCACUCUGUUCGAAUUUCUUGCUUGCUUUUUGAUCGCACUGAUAAGUGAUUCUUUUCUCGUGGGAUGGGCGAGGGAGAUGAGGCACGGAUGUUGGAUGACAAGUGAACGAUGUAUGUCUUGUUCGUUUGGUUGAGGAGACGAGAUGGAGCGUGUGUACGUGUGUUGAUUUGGAGAUGAUGAUACAUGCACGACAUGUCACUGUGGGAUGGGAAGUUCUUUCCAAACAGACUGAUUGAUAUACUGUUCGAUAGAUGGAUGAAAAUAGUCAACACAUCCACAGAACUAUACAGUAACGAUGACUUAACAAAACCAAGAUCCCAACCAAACGCCC